AAAGUUAUAAAAAUACCCUCGGAAAUUAAAUUUUGUAAUUAGUCAGAAUGAUAGAUUCUUAGCUUCCUAGGUCCUUAAAAUAUCGAGAUCUGUUGAAAACUCAGUUUUAGAAAAUUCUCUCGAAACCACAAUAAAUAAGUUAAUUAAAAAAUUUUAAUUUUAAUUUUCAAAAUGAAUUCAAGCCGGCUUUGUCGUUAUUUAACAACUGGUUCGUCAUUGUGGCAAUCAUCGAGCAAAAGUUUAUUGGAAAAACUACGUAAGAAAACAGGAUACACAUUUGUCAAUUGUAAAAAAGCAUUAGAAUUACAUGACAAUGAUCUUGGUAAGGCAGAAUUGUGGUUAAAGCAACAAGCUCAAGCUUUAGGAUGGUCAAAGGCUGAAAAGCUUAAAGGUAGAUCAACUUCUCAAGGAUUGGUAGCAGUGAUGGUAAAUAAUAAUCAUGGUGCAUUGGUUGAAAUAAAUUGUGAAACAGAUUUUGUAGCACGUAAUAAAACAUUUCAUGGUCUCGCUGAAACAGUGGUUACAGCUAUUGUUAAAUACUCAUCAGAUUUAACAGUCACUGAUGAUGUUAAUAAAAUAAUAUUGGAUGCCGAAAUGCUUAAAGGUAUAUCUACAGGUGAUGGAAAAAAUUUAGCUGACCAUGUGGCAUUAACUAUUGGAAGUAUUGGAGAAAAUAUAUUUAUAAAACGUGCACUAUGUAUGAAUGUUAAUAAAGAUUUACAGUUGGUUGGAUGCACACAUCCAACACCCGUAAAUUCUUUGCCAGUUUCUUUUGGUAAAUAUGGUGCUUUAUUGGCUUUUAAAUCAUCACCAACCAACAAAUUACUGGGCAUACAGCUUUGUCAACAUAUUAUAGGGAUGAAUCCUUGUAAAAUUGGACAGCCAGAUGUCGAUGAACCGAAACCAAAUGCUGACGAUGAAUCAACACUUAUUUAUCAAGAAUAUUUAUUAGAUCCAAAUAUUAUUGUCCAACAAGCUUUGUUAGCUGCUCAAGCUCAAGUUAUUGACUUUGCACGAUUUGAAGUAGGUGAAAAAGUUGAUUCACAUGACACUGAUUCUGAAGCUCAAAUUGAACCUCAACCCAUUAAAACAUGUGGUUAAAUUGUUCUAUAAUUUAUUUUUAUUAAUAGCCUUUGAUUUAAAAAAAUAACAUAAAGAAAAAAAAAACGUAAA